CAAAGGUUCUAUUCCCAGUACCCGACCCGGGAACUCGCCAGGUCUCUCUCACCGAGUUACCGAGUCGCACCCAUCACGCGACAAGACUUGGACAGCCGGCUUCGAGUCCCCGAAUCUCCGCGUUCCUCUGAUUCUCCAUCUCCAGAACCAGAAGGCUGUGUAUAAAUUUAAUUUAUGUUCGUGGGUUUUAACUGGAUUAAUGAGAAGAGAAAGAAGGGGAGAGAGGGAGAGAGGAGUGAAAAUGGAAAUGGGUUCGAAGCCAGAGCUGAGGAUGGAUUUGGGCGCAGUGUAUGUUCCCAAUGACGUAUCGGGUUUUCUCAGAGAAGUUGCGAAGGUUGGAGAGAUCUCUGAGAAGCUGUCGAAGCUUGAAGAUUAUGUUCGCAGAUUGGAAGAUGAAUUGAGAAAGGUCGACGCCUUUAGACGCGAGCUUCCUCUCUGUAUGCUUCUCUUGAACGAUGCUAUUGUGAGAGUGAAGGAGGAAGCAAUGCAAUGUAGGGAAUCAGAGGAUCGAUCUGUAAUGGAAGAGUUCAUGCCAUUAAAGGCAAAUUCUGAUGAAGAUGAAGAUGGAGGGUUAAAAGUUGCAGAGGAUUGCAAAGACAAGAAACACUGGAUGAGCUCUGCUCAGCUCUGGAAUUCUAAGCACUCUAUAUUACAGCUGAAGCUCAAACAGGAAUGUGAAGAAGACAACGAGACCCCAUAUCAGCAGUGUGAUUACAGAAAUAAAGGAGGGGCAAUUGUGCCGUUUAGAGGGAACUCUGGUUUUCCGGCGACUGCAUUAACAGAUGGGCGCGAGCGGGAGGUUCCAGACCUUUCUCUGAUGACUCCGGGGAUUAAAACUCCAAUUUCUGAAGUGGGCUCUCUCAAUUUGAGUUCGAAUAGCUGUAGCAGAAGCGGUUUGAGUGGUUCGUCGUCGGCAACAGAGCAGACGAAAACACAGCAGCAAAAUACAUUCAGGAAACAUAGGCGGUGUUGGUCGCCGGAGCUACACCGGCGUUUCGUUGAUGCACUUCAACGACUUGGCGGCUGGCAAGCAGCCACUCCCAAACAGAUAAGAGAGCUAAUGCAGGUGGAUGGCCUCACUAACGAUGAAGUGAAAAGCCAUUUACAAAAGUACAGACUCCACGUACGAAGACUCCCUGCUUCAUCAACUGCUCCUGUAAAAGGGAAAGUCUCUCAGUCCGAUUCACCAGAAGGUCCCCUUCACUUAUAUGGGUCUGCUAAAGGGGUGUCUAUCACUGGAGAAGAAGAAGAAGAAGAAGAAGAGGAGAAAUCAAAAAGCCAUAGCUGGAAAGAUCGGCUGCACAAGCCAAAACUAAUACGAUGAUUGGAUCAGGCUUUCCCCGGAAAGAUGGAGAAAAUUAAAAGGGCAGGUGAUGGAAUUUUGCAUAAGUUUGCCUGGUUGGUUUUAGUUUAAAUCAAUGUGUUGUUUAUUCCUUCAAUUAUGAGAGGAGGUUGAUGCAUGUAUUAUUUGUUAAUGAUACGAGCAGGAUAACAUAAUUUAUAUUAUCUGUUUGCACUUUGCAGAUUAAAGGUUGACAA